GACUUUUAGAGGUAGAAUUGUAGGAAGAUAUACAAAGAAAAAGUACUGCUGUAGUUGAAAAACCUCCCGAUCGAUCUUGUGGACAGAUGGCAACGGUGCCAACCAUCGGUAUCGAGGAUGUCGAAACAGAAAGAGAAAGAAAAAUCAUCUUCAUUGAUUAGCAGUUAGCGUAUCUUCGGUGCUGAUGUUGUUAAAGUAAGAAACGCAUGUCCUCGAACAUGCGCAGCAUCCUUCGUGUGGGCGGGGUGCGGAAACCGCGGAAGCGCCGCCCGCCUCAUGCUCACCGAGGGUCCGAGACGCCGAAAAAUGGGAAUUUUGACGGAGCUUCUGCUGUCGAUUUUUACGACAACCAUUCUAUGUCUUCGGAUCUUUCUGAGCAUGACGACGAACGAGACGAGGUAGCUACUGAGCAUUUUGGGGGUCCUUGGGGGACGACCAUCGAUGACGGGGACGAGGCUGGUUCCAUUCUAUAUGCACUAGAAAACGAUCCCGAGGAUACGCCUACAGCAAGAACGCGCGAUGUUUUUCCGUGCUCUAGGCCGUGCAGAUCUGCUGCUAGACCGCCGUGCUGUGGACGCCAGCGGCGCGGUAGAAGAAAGCGGACGCGAGUGCAAGACAAUGCCUUUUCCCGUGACAGCUCUGGAAAAAAAUAUGGAAUGAAUGCAGGGAUGGAAAACAGGCCACGAUCGCGGCGUGCAGAGCCAUCACCAUCUCCAUACCAGCCAGAGGACGUGUACGGGGUUGAUUCUCCCGAGGCGGACUUUGACGAAAGCGGUUUACGGGUAUUGGCGCAACAUGAACGAGAACGGUCAAGGUCGCGCAUCGGCAAUUCUACUCAGGCACCAAGGCGAACAAGGCGAACUACGACCAGAUUUCUAGCAGACAAGAGGAUAGCCACCUCUUGCAGCGAGGAUGGGUCUAACGGAAGGACAGAGGGAUCAUGGCUGGAGCAGGAGGUGAGGAGGACCGAGGACUCGUUCAGCUUUCGAAGACGUGCGCUCGGCAGACAAGUGGUACCUCAACGUUUGGCAACGUUAUGCUACACAUGGAAAUGGCGGAACAGAAUACGCGAAUCUAUUCUUCUGUGGAAGCAGGAGCACCCAGAUAGAAUAGAAAAGCCUGGUGGGGAUGGCGAAACACGAUGGGGGGAAGACCGGUGUAGCGUGAACGACAGAGCCAAUACAACGGGGACCUUUGGUUGUUGUUCAAUACCGAAACCCUCAAGCUCAACAUCGUCUUCGUCUUCCGCCAUGAAGCACAAGAACAAAAGUAUGGCUCUGAUUUUUUUGAUGCACCUUUUCGUACUUGUGAAUGUGUGUUUCCCCUCCACCGAGGCCGCAUACUUCCAUGUGGACCCCGAGAAAACGUGGGUUCGACCGCUGAUGUUGCCGUGGGAACCACUACGAGGAACGAAAGACAGCAUUCUCGUCACUUGGACCACCGGUUGGAACCCGCAUUGUACGAUCUUGCGAUCCGUUUUGCAGCAGAGGUAUCCCAAUGCGAUCGGCUCAAUGAACAUCGACCUCCGAAAUCGUGGACAGGAAAGUAGCACAUGGUACUCAUUGUCAUUUAUAAUCAGAGGAAGAUGCCAUGAUCUUGUUGAUCAGUAAAAUGUAUUUAACUGCAGCCGCUGAAAUAACCGCAAUUAUGGAGUAGAUGGAAGCCUCUGGUCACAAAUAGGAAAGCAAAAGCCUGACCAUCGUCGUUCUACAUCAGGACCAACAGGAAAAUCCGGGAAAACGCUGACAAUCCAGCAACAAGCUAGCUAAGCGGGUCGAAUUCGUCAGGGAAAUCUUAGGCAGAUUGCCGAGUAGAUUCCCAUCAUCAUGGACUAGAAGAUGACGCGCAGGCUACUUAGAAGAUGGGCCGUCGUCAGAUUCAACUCCUGUGCUCUAGCUGUCCCGCACUCACACGAUUCACAACUACGUUUACAACAGGUACAACGAUACGAUAAACACUGUGGGUUUUUCUCCCUGGACUGCUGUGUAUGAAGGGCCUGGAAAGGCGUUUGAGUCUACUGGACUGCUACCUGGACACCCCUACGAAUACCGUGUCAAGACGAUUGGUUACAACAUAAAACUGAAGCAGGAAACGGAGAGUCCGUGGUCAGUUCCUCAGAUGUUAAGACUGGUGAGAUCGUGAUCAAGAUACUUUCCUACAAGUGGCGUGGAGGUGCAGCAGGGAGGUGGGUAUAUUAAUUGUUCGAUGAAGACUCCACGUUGACGUGCUUAGGCAGCUAGUACAACAAACCCACAAGUAGUACUAGUACUUGCUUCUGUCGUCUAACUCCGGUGCAUACGAACUACGACCCUAUACGAGAGAGGUUUGGGGUAUUUCUGCAGGGUGCAACAGUCCACAACAUGGAUGACACAAUUAUCGAAGUCGAUAGUGUGCAACUCUACCGACGCCGCGAUGAAAAGGGCCUAGUACUUGCGGUCUUCUCGAGACUCAAUAUGCAACUCAUAUGGUAUUUUUUUUUCGUUUUUUUGGCAUUUGAAGAUUAUAGAGAAUGAACGACGCUUAUAGAAGAGAACGGAGGCAGCAGCUCCUGUAACUACUAGAACUUUCAUCGCUUGCCGAAGUAGCGAGUACUUCGUCUUUUACAUAUACUUAAUGAGUUUGGUUUCCGUACUAGUACUUAAAAUUUAUUUCUUGAUGACCCUCGUCAACAAGGUUGAAAACUUACAACACGUUUAACCAUCCUGGUGACUCGAACGCGAUGGCGAGCGACAUUCGUAAACUGGACCAAAGCCACUUCGUAGCUGUAGUUUCUACAGAUGCCUGGGAAUGGAAUGUGACACCUGGUUUAAUUCGCGCCAUGGAGUUCUGCGGUGCCUUCCAUUUCGCUACGUGGGUCAAAAAUUUUGGCGGAACACACACCAAAAUGCCGACGCAGACUGGGUACUUAAAUCUCAGUGAAGAUACUACAGACUGGUACAGGGAUCAACAUGUGCAUUAAAUGUGGGCAAGUAUCAUGUUAUGAAUGUUUAUUUAGCUGCACUGUAGUUGUAGUAUGUACCUCCUUUUACCUAGAAGUUAUACAAGAAUCGCAACUUCAAACUGCUCGCUAUAACCAUAAACACGAGCAUCACAGGUUUGACGUAGAUCAAACGAGCACACAAGGGGGUUUCGGACAUCCGUACUCAUUUUGGGGUAUUCCCGGAAUCGGUACUGGCAACGGCUGGGAAGGCGUGGCUUGGCCGAGCAGCCAUUACUUAAUGCAGAAACUUGCACCAAAUGCUGUUUAUGACUUUGUUUUUUCUAGCUAUUGAUUCUGAUGAAUGUAUCUCCACCAAGUCCAGGGUAAGUUUCUGGACUCCUACUAGCCGCAGAUGAGGACUCAAGCUAAUGCUAAUCUGAAAGCGUGCACACGGGUGCGGGUUCUGGUGUGUCAAGCGUUUUCUCAUUGAAAAGUUCGUUCAGAUCUCGUCACUACAGCUCUCUACCUAUCUACAUGUUCCGUCUCCUUCAUACCUCGAUCCGGCUUGUCCUGUACAUGGAUUACGUGGUGCGCCACUACUAUGUCAGUCUUCCAAGCACAGACCGAGUCGUCGUUAGCUUUCAAGCGCAAGCGAUACCACCACCCCUAGAGUCACUGCACAAUCCCUACACCUUUGCUCAGCGCAACGCAUCUUGUGAAGCACCAAAUUGCCGUAUGUAUCAACCUGGCGUGAAGAGCUACAUCCAAGAAGAGCCCUUCUACAAAGUCUAUCAUGGUACUACUUGGACUAGUUGUACUUGCUUGUGUGUUGCUAUCCUUCCCUUAGUAGAGUUAGAAGGACAGCUUCUCCAUCUAGUGCAGCCGCAGCCUGCACACGACCUUUCCAUUGGACAAGUGGUAUGAUAGAUACGAUACGCGUUCAUCAAGAAACCGACACAGAGGUCGUUUCGUUGAUGUACAGCAUUCUACGAGCAUCUUCAUCGCGUUGCUAAAAUGAACAGGUGAACUGCGGUUUCACAUGGACCGGAUUCUGGAGGCGAACCGAACCGUCGAUCCUCAUUAUUACCAUUUUUUCCUCUUCACGAACAGUUCGGUUUACAAGUUCGAUCCCCGACCGUCGUUCUACCUUAAGCCUCGCGCGGUCUCUGAUUCUGAUUCAUUUCUUUUCGCUGGCUUCCGCGUCACGUAUUCACAUUGAUGUAAGCUGUGGCUGUAAGAAGAAUUGCAGCGAAGGCGAACAACGCUCAGAAAGUAGGUUUCUUUCAUGUUGCUCCUGACCCUGAGAUGAUCUCUAAUAUUCGGGUGACCGAGCUAGAACGUAUCUGGGGCGGUCCUAGUGAGCGGUAUUUCUUCAACGUUAGUGCACAGCAAUGGGAGCUCGCCUUUCCCGGCAUUAAAUACGCGGACCGAUUUUGCCCAGACCUAUUUCACAACGAUAGGUUCGACAUCAAUCCAAUCACGUGCCGCAAUACCUCUCGCGCGGGAAUGACAAGAUGCUGCGACUACCUGGACUUCAGAGUCGGUACUUCUUCUAACUUCGUCGAGUCCACGUCCACUCUGUGUGGUGAGCAUUGAUGACCACUUGUCGUGCGUAAGAAAAUACAACGACGUAGUCAUUUAGAUUAAUACAGUGGUCGUUCCUAGCGUUAGCGAUACAUUGAAGAUUCUACAUUUAUCAAUGACAGUGAAACUAUUUUUUUCCAAAAGAAAAUAACGCACCACUUCUAACACUAAAAGGCAACGAUCCUUCGAACGACUAUUACCUUGGGUUACGCUGCGGCGUCGGUGUUGUGCCUACGCUGUGUAACGAGACACACAAUCCUGCUGCGAUCCCGCAGGCACCUUUGAUUCCAGCUUGGGACCAUAGAAACACUUUGGAGCCAGUGCCUAAUGUUUAAGGCUUCAAGAAAUACAUCUUAGCCAGCAUCUUAGUCCUCUUUUUCAAGGGAUAAUGGGCACCAGAAUGCUCCGUGCGAUGGAUUUCUCCAAGCUCUAAAAUGUCUAUUCCAAGCUUCCGCCAACAGCAGCUGUAAUGGCAGCGAGUCUAGGACUACCCAUGCAUACCAUGGGACUGUCUGAGGCAGAGCGAUUACACGGCGGCUGGGUUCCUUCAGCAGCGACGCGGUAGAUUACCUGGUUGACUCCUGUGCUGCCAGAUAGACAUGGUUGACCUUGACUCCUGUGCUGCAAAAGUGUCCUAGUCGUGUAAGUAUCGUGACAGCCAUAAUAGAGAAUGCUUUUUCAUGUUGUUGACUAUCAUGACAAGACGUAGGAUGAAGAUCACCCGCUACAUUUUGUCGUUGAUCGAGCACAUGAUGUUGAACAUCUAGAUUUAUUACAUGAAGAUUUUACGGGCAGGUGGUUUCCCUGCCCCUACAACGUCGAACUGUAUAUUUUAUUUGGUGAGAUAAAGAACAAAAGGAGCUAACUGAGAGACCUUGAACAAUUGAAUACUACUUAAUGAACUACAACUACAAGAAAAAUUCCAGAAAGUGUAAAUCGACGAGAUCUUCUUCUACUUCCAUAUUGGCAGUUACUAAGAGUAAUUUAUUUCUGAACUACAAGACCGAUUGCGGCCGAAAAUCCAACUCAUGCCCAUGAAUCAAUCCUGAAUUCCUGCAAAGUAUUUGGACACGAGGACCUUUGUCAGUUGUAGUACAACAUGUCAAAAGGACGAUAAGUAGAGUAAGCACAUGAU